AUGACAAAUUUAUUCAAAAGUUUCGGAUUAUUAACCUUAAAAUUUGGAGGAGUGAGCGGUUACCUGCCAGCCAUAUUUACGAGACUGACGCUCGAAUCUGACGCUUGGACGCUACAUCGCUCCGUCACCCUUAGCAACAAAAACAGUUCUGAUUGUCAGUCAGAAUCGUAUUCAAACACCGGCGAAGAGAUGGCAUCUAAUUAUCCACACGAAGGCGCGACGCAGCUAGGUCACGAGAAGUCUGAAGAAAAUUUCAAAGAGUGGGCAAAUUACUGGCAAACUCUGGUGAACGGCGGGAAAGAAGGAAUCAUGAAUACAAACCAGGAUAGUGACACUGCUUUGAAAACAGAGUUAGGAAGUGGAGAUAAUGCGGCUAAAUCUUUGCAAGAGGACGAUAGUCGUCGUUGGGUAUUCGCGAUGCGUCAUGGAGAGAGAGUAGACCUUACUUACGGCCAGUGGGUGCCUUAUUGUUUCGACGAAAAUGAUACUUACACAAGAAUGGAUUUGAACAUGCCUCUAAAAUUAGGCAAAAGGGCAGGUGGUAAAGAGUCCUACGCAAAGGACACGCCGCUAACGCGUAUUGGGCGAAUGCAAGCUCAGUUGGUAGGCGAAGGAUUAAGGCUUGCCGGUAUUGAUGUUAAACAUGUUUACGCGUCCGCCGCCCUUAGGUGUGUGGACACUGCGCAAGGGUUCCUUGAAGGUUUACAGGCAGACCCAUCGGUAAAAAUCAAGGUGGAGCCAGGUCUCUUUGAGUACAAGAUGUGGCAUGUGAAAGGCAUGGCACCUUUCAUGACGCCCUUGGAACUUCACAACGCUGGCUAUAAUGUGGACCUCAGCUACAAACCAUAUGUGGACCUUGAUAUUAAUACUGAUGAGACUUUAGAGGAUUACUACAAGAGAGGAGAAAAGGUCGCGCAAUCCGCUGUUCUGGACACUGAGCAAGAAGGAGGGAACAUAAUAUUUGUUGGUCACGCAGCUACGCUAGACACUACUGCCACAGCUCUAAAGCGUCUCUCCAACCCUCAACCCGAGUUCCCCCCGUACAGUUUCGUCAGCAACCUAAUGAAAGUACCAUACUGCGCAUUGGGAGCUUUAAGGGAGAAGCCUUGGCAUGUUGUAUGCCCACCUUGCCCACCUUCGGUUAAUUCCAGUUCAGGGAGGUUCGACUGGAGAAUGCUUUUAGACAUAUAA